AUGGAGAACAAAAAUCAGGGUGAUCAGCGGAAUCCUCGAACAGCUCCAACCUUUCCCAGCACAUCUGUGCCUCGUAUACUGGGUAUAAAUGCCGUCCAUGUCAACUCAGCUCGUCAGAUGGUACAAAUGCAUACUAGUGGAAGAAGACCGAAUCGCGGGGAUUCAAUGGUAACCAAUUCUUCUUCGAUAAUGGCUUCUAGUACCUUUCCCAGGCCUACCAGUAACGUUUCCGUGCCUGCCAAACUGGAGCAUGGUGUCUGCAAUAAUCCUCAAUGCGAUCAUUGUGGCCAAGUGAUCAUUCCGUCGCCCAAAUCGUCGUUUCCCAUCGUAGACCAACCAUCGAUAACAGUGAGCGAUUGGAGCAUAUACCGUAUAAAGAAGCCUAUUUUGAGCUCGUCAGAAUUAGAUGCGUUAGAACUGCGGUUCGAGUUUCCUAUGCCCGAAAUGAUCUUUGGAAACAGUUCGAUAAAGCUACAAAACGAUAAAAAUGGUGCAACGAUAGAGUUCAAUGGUUUGGAUGCGUUGGAUACUCUUGAAUCCGGGUCGGACCUUAGAGUCAGCUACCAUAAAGAAUGGCUUGACUCCCGACGGUCGACUUCACCGUCUCAUAAACCGAUAGAUGUUCGCGAAAGAGCCACCAAAGAUUUGGGUGGUCUCACAUCUCUCGAGUCAGUUAAACCCUACGACUGGACAUAUUCUACAAAUUACAAAGGAACUGUGAAAAAUGCCGAAUUUGUUCCUUGCAAUGAAGAAUUACCACUCCAAAAGCUUCUCAGACCAGAUCCCAUUCUUUUUUUCGAUGAGCUGAUUCUAUUUGAGGACGAACUAGGAGACAAUGGAAUAUCCAUGCUUUCGACCAAAAUAAGAGUAAUGCACACAUGUGUUCUUGUCCUAUGUCGCUUCUUUUUGAGAAUUGAUAAUGUCAUCUUCAGAGUAAGGGAUACUCGCAUCUACAUUGACCUUGAAACUAACAAGGUUUUGAGAGAAUACAAGAUCCAAGAAUGUCCUUACGACCAAGUUUUGCAGAAAAUAAAAGCCAAAGUGGUUGCAGAUCCAAAGAGUCUAAUGCGAGAUGUCAAUUGGAUCGCACAAAACAUCCCCGUUUUAUCCUGUGAGGUGGAAACCAUUCCUGAGGAAGGUACCUGA